ACCUUUCAUUGAUUAAGAAACUUGUUAGAAUGCACUCUUAUGUGAAAUAGUGCCGUCUAGCGGCAUUCUUUGUUAUCUUAACUAAAUCCAAUUACCACGUACAAUGUUAAUGUAGUUAAUGAUUCUAGCGCGGAGAAUUUUAAUUGUAAUUUUUUGUGAUUUGAAAGCAUAGAAUAACAUGGCAUCAUCCGGCAAAAGUACGAGAGAAGUUUUAUUAUCUAUCGUCGAUGACAUUGAAUUGAUAGCAAAAGAAAUGAUAGAAAAUACGAUAGCUCAAAAACCAUUGAAACUGUCGAAUGAAGAAUAUGCUCAAUUAACAGAAUUGUUAAUUGCCAAAGACAAUGAAUUGAAAACAAUUUUAAAACGAGCAGCUGAACAAGCAAAAAUUAACCUGAAAAUGGAAGCUUUAAAAGCUGAAGUUGAAAGACAAGAUCAAGAUAUUCAACAAUUACAGCGACAAUUGAAGGAAGCAGAGCAAAUUUUAGCAACUGCAAUUUAUCAAGCUAAACAAAAGUUACAAUCUAUUGCUCGUGCUAAUAAAAGACCUGUACCAUCUGAAGAAUUAAUUAAAUAUGCACAUAGAAUAAGCGCAUCGAAUGCCAUAUGUGCUCCCCUUACCUGGCAACAAGGAGAUCCUAGGAGACCUUAUCCCACUGAUAUUGAAAUGAGAUUGGGAUAUCUUGGACGAUUAAGUGAUCUUCCUUUAAAUGGUCAAAUGCCAGGUACUCAUCCUGGAUUAUCCUCAGAUUUGCAUAGAGCUGGACAUCCAAACCACCUGCAUCACAAGCAAAUCAAUUUGCAUGGCAUUCAUCAGGUGAAAUUCAUAUGUCUAUGAGUGGACAAGGGAGUGGUGUCAUGAAUACUCAUAAACAAGAAACAGAAGAUGUUGAAGUUAUGUCAACGGAUUCUUCGAGUAGUUCAUCUAGUGAUUCACAAUGAACAUUCUUUUUUUAUGAAAUUCAAGUAAAUUUUAUAAUUCAAAAUUUUUUAUAACAGAAUCAGCCAUUUCUAAAAAUUCAAUACAAUUACAUGUAUAAUUUUCAUCAAAUAAUUCUAUAACAAGAUACUAAAUAAUAUAAAUAAUAUAAACUAUAUCUUCAUUAUCUA